UACCACAACAAGUGCAACGAGACGUCCUGCAGGGGCGGUGCUUAGAUACAAAUCCCCGCCCCUCCCUCCUUCCGUUGGUCAUUAUGAAAGUUGGGAGUCGAGACUUGGCUUCCUGUCAACGUCCGCGGCGAGCGAGCUGGGAGACGAGCCGGCGGCAUGGCCGCUCACCGCCGCGCUGAGGUUGUCGCUGCCCCGCUCAGGCAGCUGCUGCUCGCAUGUUGACCGGAGACUGACAGCAACCAUGAACAGAGCGACCAACCGCAGCCUUUCUCCGGCCUCCUCCAACAUGUCCAUCGACCAACUGCUGCCGGCUCUGCUGGAGUGCUUCGGCAUCAUCCUGUGCGGCUACAUCGCGGGCAGGACGGGCGUGAUCACGUCGUCGCAGGGCAAAGGUCUGGGGAACUUCGUGUCGAAGUUCGCCCUGCCCGCCCUGCUCUUCAAGAACAUGGUGCUGCUCGAUUUCGGGAACGUCAUCUGGUCCUUUCUGUGGAGCAUCCUCAUCGCCAAGGCGUCCGUGUUCUUCAUCGUCUGCAUCCUGACUCUCAUCGUGGCCAGUCCUGCCACUCGCUUCAGCAAGGCCGGGAUCUUCUCCAUCUUUGCCACUCAGAGCAAUGACUUUGCGCUGGGAUAUCCGAUUGUGGAGGCUCUGUACCGGAGCAGCCACCCUGAGUACCUGCAGUACAUCUACCUGGUGGCGCCGGUGUCCCUGAUGCUCCUCAACCCGCUGGGCUUUGCGCUCUGUGAGAUCCAGAAGUGGAAGAAUCAGGGAAGCCAGCAGCGAAGCAAGCUGGUGGUGUUGGGCCUGGUGUUCCUGCGGGUCCUGAGGAACCCAAUAGUCUUCAUGGUUCUCAUCGGAAUCGGCGCCAACUUCGUCCUGCGGCAGAAAAUCCCCCCGUUCAUGGCGGAGUUCGUCGACGGCUUGUCUAAUUCCUUCGGCGGAGCCGCUCUCUUCUACCUGGGCCUCACGAUGGUCGGCCAGCUGGGGCUGAUGACCAAGACCACGGUCGUGACCUUGAUACUACUGACCACUGCCAAACUGCUGCUGAUGCCGCUCAUUUGUAAAGACCUGGUGAAUCUGCUGGACACCACCAACACAAGCGCUUCAAACCACUCAAGCCUUUCCAACUACGCCUUCCUCUACGGGGUGUUUCCCACAGCGCCCAGUGUGGGAAUCUAUGCCGUCUAUUACAACGCAGAGCUGGGAGUGGUGACGUCCGGCUUGGUGGUCAGCACUCUGCUGUCCGCUCCCAUCAUGUACGUGUCGGCCUGGCUGCUCACCAUCCCCACCAUGGACCCGCAGCGUCUGAUGAUGGCACUGCAGAGCGUCAGCUUCGACGUCAGCAUCAUCAGCCUCCUGCUGCUGGUUUGGACCAUUGCAGUCAUGUUUUUGAGUAAAAAAUACAAACGAUUGCCUCACAUGUUUGCAGUCAACCUCUUCAUAGCGCAGUUGCUGACCUGUGUGGGGAUGAUCGUGUGGAAUUUUGUCGUGAGCAGCAACCGUUUCCUCGCCCAAGUGCUCGCAUUCACACUGCUGUGCUCCUCGCUGUUGAGCACGUACACCUGGCCAGGCCUGAUCGCGCUGUCUCUCGUGCUCCUGAAGCGAUGCCAGAGACCGAACAGUGUUGUGUUCGUCAUGGCCGGCUGGGGGGUUCCGACCGUGGCGACUGCUCUGCUGCUCAUUUUCGGAGACAGAGUGCCCGACACCAUCGACUUGUCCCACUUCUACAGUCAGUCGCAGAUGAUCUGCUCCACAGUCAUCAUCGCCGUCAGCGCUCUGCUGGCUGGAGGCGCCUUUGUGUGUCUCAGUAGAGAAAGCUGGACCCAGAAGGGAGGCUCAGCUGGAAGCUCUGCGCGGGGUUUGGUGAUUGAAGUGGACUGUGAGAGCCACUACCUGAUCGAGCCGGCCCCGGAGCCUGGGAGCAAAGAGUGUCUGAUCUGCGACUGCUCCCCGGCCCAGCCUGAACCGGACGUGCUCACCAGCGCGCCAGUCGUCACAGAUCACUGUGACAACAGGUGUGAGUCCGACCAGUGUCUGCUGGUGCAGGUGGAGGAGCUGACCGAGGCUGAAGACCGACAGGUGGCCCGACACGUGCUGCUGAGUCUCCUCCUCACCGUCAGCCUGAUUGCUAACCUGUCCAGCUGCCUGUGGCUGCUGUUGAACCAGAACCCUGGGAGACUCUACACAGAGCUGCAGUUCUUCUGUGCUGUGGCCAACUUUGGUCAGGGUCUGCUCUCCUUCGCCCUGUUUGGACUGGACAAGCAUUUCAUCAUCCUGCCCUUCAAGAGGAGGCUGAGCCGACUGUGGUCCAGGAGGUCAGAUGAGCAGCUCCACAGUGACUUGCCUGAGGAGAUCAGGAUGACCUGCACUCAGUUCACCAAGUACCACAAAGACCAGUGUUGCCGUGACAUUGUCAGGAAGAGAAGGUGCGGCAGGACCACGGCGGUGGACUGUUUUCUGGGCUGUGAGCUGGUGCGCUGGCUCCAGCAGGUGGGCCUGGCUCAGGACCCGGGGGAGGCGCUUCUGUACGGGACCCGUCUGCAGCAGGGCGGGGUGCUUCAACACAUCCAGCAGGAAUGCGCUUUCCAAGACAGCCAGCUUCACUAUCGCUUCACCGCAUGACGCUGAUGGUGUUUAUGCAACAUGCCGGUCGCUCGACGAGCUGUUCUGGUUUGUUGCUUUUGGGUGUCGCACCACCCUCCUGCAUGGAGUGAUCCCUCCCCCCGCACCCGGAUCACCAGGUCCUUAACAAUGCAAGCAUGAAUUUUAGGCAUUUAAAAAAGGGAAUGUUACAAAGGCAAAUCUCAUUUGAAAUGCUCUUUGAUUGUAUUUUUUUUACGCCUCGAUUGUGAAGUUGAAACCAACCUUUUAUCUGUCCGUUUUAUUUACACUGGAAGCUCUUAGAUACGGCUAAAGCAUUUCAACCCAUGAGCCUGUGUGAGUGGAAAAAUGACCCGGCUCACGGCACAAAUCAGGAACCACUGCUUCUGCUACAGGGAAUAGUGUUUAUUUUCACUUUUAUUUCUGAGGUCGAGGCCAGAACCACUGUGCAGAAGUGCUGAAUGUAUGCUGACUUAAAGUGCCAGUUACCAGAGAGAAGGGAAAUGCAUUUCAAGUCAGUGACGACACCGGAAUGUUCAGUGGAAACGCUUGGACGUGUCGUUUCUAAGGGCUAAUGAAGCGUCUGCUUUUACCCUAACAUGCAAAUGAGUGGCACAGGUGUGUUCCAGGUGCCAACUAGUUUCUGCUGACUCAGGAAGUAUCCCAGCUUGAAAGCCAACUGUCCUGCUGCCUUGACUUGAAUGUGAUGUGACGCCUUCAGGGGAAUAUUUGUGUUCCGAAACAAUGCAAGCACUGACUCCUUGUAAAUGCUGCUUAUUUAUUUGUUUUCUUAUUAAAAGUGUCCUAAUGUUUUAACCCUGUGAUGUGUAUCUGU